AUGCCCCUUUCAUUGAUCAUUAGCAACCUCCUGGCUGACACUCUGGAUCCACCAUGUCCGGAAAGUUACCUCUCACCCCUGCAGCAGCUAACAGGCACAUUGGCUCUGGCUGUGUUCACGGCAGUUCUGGGGUCCCUGCAGUAUGGCUACAGCCUCGGAGUCAUCAAUGCACCCCAGCAGGUCAUUGAAAAGCAUUAUAGUCGAUCCCUGGGGCUGUGGUCGGAGAGGGUUGACGUCCGGUCGGAAAACACCACGGAAGAAGAAGAGGAGGAGUCCUCAAAGGCGGGACAGCACCCGACCGUGGUCAUAUACUGGUCGUUGUCCGUCGCGAUCUUCUCCAUCGGUGGCAUGGUGUCCUCUUUCUUGGUGGGAUUUGUGGGAGACCUGAGAGGGAGGGUGAAGGGCAUGUUAAUGAUCAAUGUCCUGGCUGUAGCUGCUGGACUGCUGAUGGCUCUUUGCAAGAUGUGGAAGCCUCACAUCAUGGUCAUCGCUGGCCGCGCUGUUAUGGGCUUUUAUUGUGGGCUGUCUUCAGGGCUCGUGCCUAUGUACGUUGGCGAGAUCGCACCCAAGGCUUACAGAGGGGCUCUGGGGACGUUGCACCAGCUGGCUGUUGUCACUGGCAUCCUAAUCAGCCAGGUGUUAGGUUUGGACUUUAUACUUGGUAAUGAUGAAAUGUGGCCCCUGCUGCUUGGCCUGUCUGGGGCUCCAGCUAUAUUGCAAACCCUUCUGCUGCCUCUAUGCCCCGAGAGCCCGCGGUACCUUUACAUCCUACUGGGCAAGGAACAAGAGGCUCGAAAAAGUCUACUUCGUCUAAAGGGGGAUUAUGAUCCAACUCCUGAUCUGGAAGAGAUGAGGAGAGAGAAAAACGAGGCAGACAAGGAGCCCAGAGUCUCCAUCCUUUCUUUGAUCCUCUCCUCUGUGUACAGGCAGCAGCUGAUCGUUGCCCUCAUGAUGCAUCUCUCUCAACAGUUUUCUGGCAUCAACGCUAUUUUUUAUUACUCUACGACGAUCUUCACUCGGGCUGGCAUCAGUCAACCAGUCUACGCCACUAUAGGAGUCGGGGCCAUCAACACAGUCUUCACUCUGGUGUCUGUUGCGCUGGUGGACAAGGCUGGCAGGUGCACUCUGACUCUGGCUGGGCUCGGAGGGAUGUGCUGCUGUGCGAUUGUCAUGACAGUCGGCCUCAAAUUCCAGAGUGAAUUCACAUGGAUGAGCUACGUCAGCAUGUCAGCGAUCUUCCUCUUCGUGAGCUUCUUUGAGAUCGGUCCCGGUCCCAUUCCGUGGUUCAUAGUGGCUGAGCUGUUCAGCCAGGGGCCUCGGCCUGCGGCCAUCGCCCUCGCUGGCUGCUGCAACUGGACCAGCAACUUCAUCAUAGGCAUGACCUUUCCUUACAUACAGGCUUGGUUGGACAGCUACGUGUUCAUCCUGUUUGCCGUGCUGCUUUUCGGCUUCACUCUGUUUACGUAUUUUCGCGUCCCCGAGACUAAGGGCAAAAGUUUUGAGGAGAUUGCCGCUGAAUUCAACAAGGGGCGGAAAAAGGUGGCGCAGAGCCCCAAAGACGCUACUGAGCUGCAGCAGCUCAAAGCGUCCGCAGACGCUUGA